AGGCACUGCCCACCCCUGCUUGUAAAGCUUGCUGCAGUCAGCCCCCCACCCCCCGGCCCUCCAACUGGAACCCCUCAGCAAAACAUGUUUGUGGCUUUGGAAAUACUUGCUCUUGAGGGUGGGUGUGCCCUGGUCCCGUGUCCAGAUAAGAAACCUAUGAAAUGGUGCUAUGUAUUUACCAUUCCUUAUGAUCACUAACCAUCUAAAGUCUCACUGGAAAUUCAAUUAACAGCUUUAGGACAUAAAAUAGAAUGGAGACCUUCAUAAUAAUGCUGUGUAAUAUAAAGUUUGUCACUGCUGUUGAACCUAGCUAGGCUGCUGUGAUCACAAGGGCCAAUAAAUAAGAAGAUACAUAAAUAAUAAAUUGCCAUUAACACCCCCACAUUUGUUUCAUACGGCCAGAGCAUCAGGACAAACCUCUAGAUCCCCUCAGACUGUGAGUUCCCAGGGUUUGUCUGGGUGUAGACUGUUCUCUGCCUCCAAGAGCUCUCUGGCAGUGACUGGUAUUGGCCACCAACUGUAGAUGUAUAUGGUGCCCUCUGAUGCUAAGACUCCAGACCUUUUAUUAUUGUUAUUAUCAUGAUUGCUUUGCUUCUUCUGAUUUUGUACCAGCUGUGUGGACUAAGAUGCAUUAAAAUAAACAUCAGAGUAACUAAAAAAAAAAAAAAGAAUAUCAUGUAGAAAACUGAGAAGAGUUACACACAUGCCAACUAUGGUAUUUUACUGUCGACUAUAAAUCAUUAAUCCCUCCAAUUAAAAACUUUCUGGAUUGUAUUUGAUUUGAUAGGACAGAUGGAAGUUGAGAAGAGAAGGGAGACAGGGAGGGAGAGAGAGACCUGCAGCACUGCUUUGUUGUUCACGAAGCCAUUGCUCAUGGUAACUUGUAUCCUCAAGUGGGUGCACCUGGACCCCUGGGAAAAGUAUAUCUGAGGAGGCUGGAGGGGUAAGGGUAGAAGAGAGCAUCACCCGGAGACAUCUCAGUGGGGCCAAUAUUCCCAGAUUAAGGUGGAGAUGGGGCCCAGAAGGGACCUAGGGGAAGCAGACACAGCGAUGAGAGCUGAGGUCCUGACAAGAAAGGAUCAGCAGCACAGAGUGCUAAGCCCUGAAGCUGCAGCCUGAGAAGUCCUAGAUGCCUUAAGCGGGUCUCCCUCCCCUCACCCUCCCUGCCCACCCCCAUCAUAGCCUUGUCAUUAUUUGGCUUAGCUGCUCUAAACACAAAUGUGACCUGAAGCUCCAAAGUCCCAGGUUCAAUCCCUCACACCACCAUAAACCAGGUCUGAGCAGUGCUCGAAGGGAAAAAAAUUAACCACAAAUGUGACUUUGUUGACCCUCUACUUAAAAGCUUCUGGGUGUAAUGCUCCUCAUUUCUUCAUCUCUGCCAAAUUACAACACCUUGAAGAGCCACCUCCUAGCCCUGCCUUGAACACCCUUUGAGUUCACCUCUUGAGAGAGUGGGGGAAGGGGUGAACCAGACACCACCCUUCUUUCUGCUUGGUAUCAGCUCACCCUCCUAUUCCCCCUCACCUACCCAGCAGCAGAACUUUCCUGGGGCAGAAUGGCCCCCAAUCACAAGCCUUCCUGCCCCAACUGGGAGUUCUCCCUUGGGGAGCCAUUGGAAGAGGGUCCAUACCUCCCCCACCAAGAGUCUGUCAUCGGGCUCUGCUGGGGGUGAGUGGCAGGGUGAGGCCACAUGUAUUUAGCUCUUGCAGGAACCACAGCAGGCAGAUCAGAAGGUGCAGCGGAGAGAACCAAGGUGGCUAGGUCUGCUGGGUCUGUGUUUCUCUGGGAGUCAGUGGUGAAAGGGGUGGUGGGGUUUGUGUUGGUCAAGAUGGCUUCCUGACUUCCAUGGUGUCUCCUCACCCACCUGGCCCUUCUCUUUGCUCCAGCUGUUCCUGUACUUCCUGGAUGACACUGGGGUGCCAACAGAGCCCCUCGACCCCACAGAGCGUGGGGAACCCCCUGGACUUAACUUGCUCGCCCUGCACUCGAGGUCUACAAGAUGGCUCUGGCGCUAUUGGCCUCUGUGCACGAUAACAUCACUAGCACGGUGCUGGAAGUGGUGCCCACCGCCACCAUGCCCAUCCUGCUGCUCACCGGCUUCCUCCUCUUGGUCUGGAAUUAUGAGGAGACGUCCUCAAUACCAGGUCCUGGCUACUGUAUGGGAAUCGGGCCCCUCAUCUCCCACAUCCGGUUCUUGUGGAUGGGCAUCGGCAGCGCCUGUAACUACUACAACCGGAUGUACGGCGAGUUCAUGCGCGUCUGGAUAUUUGGAGAGGAGACACUUAUCAUCAGCAAGUCUUCCAGCAUGUUCCACAUAAUGAAGCACAGCCACUACACCUCUCGAUUCGGCAGCAAGCUGGGGCUGCAGUGUAUCGGCAUGCACGAGAACGGCGUCAUAUUCAACAACAACCCCGCCCUCUGGAAAGCUGUCCGGCCCUUCUUUAACAAAGCUCUGUCAGGCCCUGGCCUGGUGCGCAUGGUAAACAUAUGCCUGGAAUCCAUGGCCAAACAUCUGGACAAGCUGGAGGAAGUCACCAGCACAUCUGGCACCGUGGACAUGUUGACGCUGCUGCGGCGCAUGAUACUGGACACCUCAAACAUGCUCUUUCUGGGCAUCCCCUUGGACGAGAGUGUCUUUGUGGAUAAAAUCCAGGGUUAUUUUGAAGCAUGGCAAGCUCUCCUUAUCAAACCAGAUAUCUUCUUUAAGAUUUCUUGGCUGUACAGAAAGUAUGAAAAGUCUAUCAAGGACAUGAAAGAUGCCAUGGAGAUUCUCAUAGAAGAAAAAAGACAAAAGAUUUCCACAGCAGAGAAAUUGGAAGACUGCCUUGAUUUUGCCACUGAAUUGAUCUUUGCUGAGAAACGUGGAGACAUGACAAAAGAGAAUGUGAACCAGUGCAUCUUGGAAAUGUUGAUUGCAGCACCUGACACCAUGUCUGUCUCUUUGUUCUUCAUGCUCUUUCUCAUUGCCAAACACCCCAAGGUGGAAGAGGCAAUAGUGAAGGAGAUCAAGACUGUCACAGGUGAAAGAGACAUAACAAUUGCUGAUAUCCCAAAACUAAAAGUGAUGGAAAAUUUCAUUUAUGAGAGCAUGCGCUACCAGCCCGUCGUAGACUUGGUGAUGCGCAAAGCCUUGCAGGAUGAUGUCAUUGAUGGAUACCCGGUGAAAAGGGGGACUAAUAUUAUCCUGAAUAUUGGAAGAAUGCACAGAAUCGAGUUUUUCCCCAAGCCAAAUGAGUUUACACUUGAAAACUUUGCAAAGAAUGUCCCUUACAGGUAUUUUCAGCCAUUUGGCUUUGGGCCCCGUGGCUGCGCAGGGAAGUACAUGGCCAUGGUGAUGAUGAAAGUCAUCCUGGUUACAUUUCUAAAACGCUUCCACGUGAAGACAUUGGAAGGACAGUGUGUGGAAAACAUAGAUAAAGUCAAUGAUUUGGCCGUGCACCCCAGUGAUCCUAGCGACGUAUUGCAAAUGAUGCUGGUCCCAAGAAAUCCAAACAAGUGCCUCCAACACUAGACAAGACUGGUCGGUGGCCCUCUGGAGCAUUUCUCAUUGAUGGUUCGCAGGGAAACCAUCCACCACCUCUGGAUCGCCUCACCCUGUCACUGAGCACUGGGGGGCCUACUGUGUCCGAUAGAUAUACCUCCUGUGGACUGUCAUCCAGCCAGAAACAGCUAUCAUUCAACCUCUUUCAAACCGGAGAAUCAGACUUAAGAGAGGACACAGGGGUCAAGAGUUUGGGGGUGGGGGGAGCACAAUCAGUGAAGACAUCACUACCACAAAAUGGGGUUUGAUUUGGUUUCCAGUGUGUAUGUGUAUGGGGGACAUGGAGGGAAGGGGGUGACAAUAGUCAUCAUCUCUGGAGAAACGCUCACAGAUGUGGCCUUUGACUCGUCUUGUGAAUCCUACUUAACCAACCUCCUUUCAUCCUUGUGUGAUGUGUCUGUGGCAAAAGUUCAAAGAUUCUCCUUCCCUAGCCUCUUGACUCAUGCCUCAGCCACUUACCCUGCAGUAGGUGGGGAUUCCGGUAACACAAGGCAACCUAGCAAGACCCCAAGUGAACAAGAACUGGGGACAUACUUCUACUGUGGGGGUAGGGGGGUAGGGGAUAUCACAUAAAACAUUUCAAGUGGAAAUAAAAUUUCUUGUUUUUUUCCCC